UGCACAGCGAGCGAGCGCCGUGACCGUGUUACGAUUGUUGUUGCGGAUGGUCUAGACGGGUUUGUUAUUUUGCAAUACUAAAUCAUGAAUUAAUUACAACAGGGAGCGUAUACUCUUACCUUAACAAUAUGUGGGUUAUGCGCUGUUGUUAUUAAGAUGAAAAAGUGCUAGUUCGUCGCGCUCUAAAGUAACUUACGCUAGAGACCAGUGAGACACACACAACGUUACCUUAACGUUACCUCCACAAACAGACCGAAACUCGACAUGGGUUCAUCAAAGAAACACAAAGAGAAGGAGAAGGAACGGGAUCCAGAGGAUCGGCACCGCGAGCACAAGAAACACCGACACAAGGAUCGAGACAAGGAGAAGGAUAGAGAGCGAGAGAAGAGAAAGCGAUCACGCUCCAGAGAGAGAAGCAGCCGUGGCACAGAGAAAGAGAGCCGCGGUAAAGCCGAGAAGAGCAAUGGAGAGCCACGGGUCAAGAAGGAGAAAGCUGAUGCUGCCUACGAGGAAAGCGGUGAUCCUGGUCCUAAAUCCGCAAGUGGUGAUGCUUCACUUAGCAUCGAAGAGACCAAUAAGCUAAGGGCCAAGCUAGGUUUGAAACCCCUUGAUCUCAAUGAAUCCAAGAAAGAAGCGGGAACUAAAGAGGAACCAUUGGUGGCUGAGACCAUUAACCCUGUUCAGAUCAGACAGCAGGCUGAGAUGAGAGAGAAAAUGGCUGCUCUCAAAGAGAAGCGUCUGCUCAAUCAGAAACUGGGAAAAGUGAAGACACUUGGAGAUGAUGAACCGUGGCUGGAUGACACAGCUGCAUGGGUAGAGAAGAGUCGCAAAAUGGCCAAGGAGAAAGAGUUGGCAGAAAAGAGGGCAAAGCUCUUAGAGGAGAUGGAUGAGGAGUUUGGUGUGAGCAAUCUGGUUGAGCAAGAGUUUGCGCAGGAAAAGCAGGAAUCAUACAGCUCGCGUGAUCUCAGAGGGCUCAAAGUUCAACACAAGAUGGAUUCUUUUAAAGAAGGGGAGUUAGUGAUCCUUACGCUUGAAGACAAAGGCGUUCUUGAAGAGAAGGAGGACGUGCUGGUGAAUGUGGGCCUUGUGGACAAAGAGAAAGCGGAGAAAAAUGUGGAACUCAAGAAGAAAAAACCUGAUUAUAAACCUUAUGAAGAAGAGGAGAGCGUGGAUGACAUGGUCAAUUUCAAGGAAAAGUCUGUGUUGUCCAAGUAUGAUGAGGAGAUCGAGGGGGAGAAGAAAAAGAGCUUCAGGCUGAGUGCUGGAGGAUUUGUGGGGGGUGAGAGAGAGCGUGAGCUGCAGGCCAUCAGAGAGAAUCUGCGCAGUCAGGCACAGUCGCUGGACAUGCCUUCUCUCACCCUCGCCACCGAAUACUACACACCACAAGAGAUGGUCGGUUUCAAAAAGACCAAAUGCAAAGUCAAGAAAAUCAGAAAGAAGGAGAAACCCCGCAGUGCUGAUGAUUUGUUGUUGGACGACACUCGCAGCACAGAUUUCGGCUCCAGGUCUCGAGGGCGGGGCAGAAGAGAAGCAGAUGAAGAGGGGAAGACGCUGGAGAAUGUUGCUAUGGAAACCACUAGCAGGGUGAAUGAUGUACUGCUGCGGUCAGACGACAUUAGAAUGGCUGACAUGGACAUUAGUGAAGAUGAGGACUUUGCUCUUCCUGAACCUGCUGCGAUAGAGGAAGAUGAAGCCGAGCAGGAGCUCCAGAAGCAGCUGGAGAAACAGAGGAAACUCAGACAGAAACUGAUGCUCAAAGACUCAGGCGAACGGGUGGCUGAGCACAUGAAUAGACUUGCAACAGAUGCAGAUGAUGACAACGACCCAGACAAAAAGAACAAUAUCGUCUUCAACGCCACUUCUGAGUUUUGCCGCACUCUUGGUGAUAUCCCCACUUACGGACUGUCGGGCAACCGAGAGGACCAGGAGGACAUUAUGGACUUUGAAAAGGAGGAAGAGAAAGAGGGAGCUGGAGAUUCAGACUCUGAUAUGGACGACAAUGUGGGUUGGAGCACAGUCAACCUGGACGAGGAGCAGAAACACACUGAUUUUGCGACAGCCUCUACAACUAUUCUUGAUGAAGAGCCCAUCGUGAAGUCUGGUCUCGCUGCAGCUCUGCUUCUGUGCAAGAACAAGGGCCUGCUAGAUACACAGAUGCAGAAGAUGGCUCGUGUCAAAGCUCUGAAACCAGCUCCAACUGAUGAUAACUACUGCAUUGAAGACAAGAUGAAUAUUGAUGACAAGUACAGCAGGAGAGAGGAAUACAGAGGCUUCACUCAGGAUUUCAAAGAAAAGGAUAAUUACAAGCCAGAUGUCAAGAUUGAAUACGUUGAUGAAUCUGGUCGCAGACUCACCCCUAAAGAGGCUUUCCGACAGCUGUCUCAUCGUUUCCAUGGGAAAGGUUCUGGCAAGAUGAAAACCGAACGGAGGAUGAAAAAACUGGAGGAAGAAGCGCUGCUGAAGAAGAUGAGUAGCAGUGACACUCCUCUGGGCACCGUUGCUCUUCUACAGGAGAAACAGAAAUCCCAGAAAACUCCUUAUAUUGUGCUGAGCGGCAGUGGGAAGAGCAUGAAUGCGAAUACCAUUACAAAAUAAUCCUGCCUGGAGUCUGGAGCCUAAAGACAGAAGAUCGCUUACUCUUCGCAUUUUUAGCCAGUUCUUAAAUGAAUCAAAAUAAGUUGCAACUAAAGAUGCAUGUACAAACAUUGUCUUGUGUGUGAAUUUAUAACCCUGCUUUAAUGAUUUGGCCAAUUUUCUGUAAAACUUUUAGUUUGACUUUAUUAAAAGCUGUU